AUGGCUCGGCUUCGAAGCUCAUCGUCAUCAAAGCCGACCCCCACCUUGCGGAAGCUCAAAGUCGUCAAGGAGGGUACCAAGAACAUCCACAUCAUUCUUGUGCCUGGCGUAGGGACCCUUGCCUGUGACGACUGGUCCCUCUACCGGCACCAGCCUUGGACCGACUUCUUCGCCUCACUGGACACUGGGGUUACCAUUCACGCUUACAAUCAUGGUGUGUCUCUGGAGGACCGCUUCUCCUGGCAGCAGCUCCUAGACGAGGGAGAAGAAUUUCUCAAAAAGCUUCAAACUUUUGUAGACAACCAGAGGGUAAUCUUUACUUUCCUCAUUUUUGCGCUAUUUACUAAGAAUAAUAUCAAGGAACCGCAACGUCUGCUGUUUAUUUGUCAUGGCCUUGGCGGUGUCAUUGCCAAAAAGGUACCGAUCCAUCUCCAAGUUGAUAACCAGGAAGAUUUUAAUAAUAACGCUCAUAUCGGAAAGGCGCUGUGUAUCGCCGGUACGCAUAACGACCGGUACUCUGACUUCUUGAACACCAUAGCUGGCAUUGUGUUCCUCGGUACUCCGCACCGCCUCGAAGGAGUGACCGAGGACGAUUUUGGUGAUCGACUUGCCAGCAUCUUAAAGCUCGAUACUCCCACUGGAACUACACUAAGCCGUCAGGCCCUCGCACGACUAAGAGACGCCCGCGUGAUGCUCGAGCUGGCGGAUGAUUUCGACGAGACGAAUAUACGUGUAGAGAUGCUAUCAAUCUUUGAGGAGGAAUUGACUCAAAUAAAAGACCACAGGCCUUUGGUACCCAGGACGAGGAAGAUCAUUGUUCGACCCCAAGUCGUCGACGAGCUUUUGUGUUCGAUUGAGACAAACAUGGAACGGAGACUCGGCGUACAGCUUGGCCACCCCCAACUUCCGUCUAUGCGUGAUGAACAUGGGAGUUCAAUAUCCCAGAUAAGGCUCUGGUUGGCGUCAAUAAUCUGCCCACCAAAUGUACAGAACCAACUUAACAACAGAGCUCACGAUGUGCAAAGUUUAACGGCGGGCAUGACGAGCAAUAGGUUAUUCCUGAACCAACCCCAUCAACCUUCAACCCGACAGGCUGCCAGAACCGGAGUCUCUGGCUGGCCAGAGCCUAGGGCGUCCUCUCACGUUAAUGCUGAUUCGAGCCCAGAACAACAAUCUCUCGAGGCUCUCCUGGAGAACUUCUCCGUGCAACAACUUGACCCCCGAAUACCUUGUUUAAUGAUGCACGCCUAUGCGAGGAACAAGGACUUUUACGGAAGACAAGAUGUUCUAAGCAAAAUCGAUGAUUGGCUUCUUCCUGCAAAUGACCAGAUGCCAUCUUCACCGCCCGAUCGAAUACAUGUGGGAAUACUAUGCGGCAUGCAUGGUCUCGGGAAGACAGAAAUAGCCAUCGAAUAUGCGUUUACUCGCAAAACCCGCUUCGACGCUGUACUCUGGAUCCGAGCCGAUGACUCGUCCAAACUUGAAUCGGACCUUACUCAGAUCGCUAUCCGUUUGGGCAUCCAGGACCCCAACGAGCCAGACAACCAGGUCACCAAUCGAGGACUCGCUAUUGAGUGGCUGUGCAACCCGUUCAAGAUAGACCAUAGUACUGGGGAGCGUGUACGCGCUUCCUGGCUGGUCAUUUUCGACAAUGCCGACGAACCUGACAUCCUGGCACCGUAUAGUGACAUCGCUCAUAGCGGUGCAGUCUUGAUCACUAGCCGCAGCCCCCUCUCGAAGACGAGUUUUUCGCACCACGCAAGCUCUCUCGAUGUCCAGACUUUCGAUAUAGAAGAUGCUGGAUUGUUUGUUCAAAAAUAUACAGAGAUUGAGGGCCAUCUUGAAGAAGCCAGACAGGUUGGCGAUCGACUAGGUGGCCUGCCUCUUAAGCUAGCCCAGAUGGCUGGUAUAAUUAGGCUUCGAUUUCUAACCUAUUCCGAGUUCAUGAGGAUCUACGAUGCCGAAGAAAUUCACGAGAUGGAGGUUCAAUCACUCCGAAAGCCGGCUCGUGGACAGAUUUCAACAGUCUUGGAGAAGCUGUCGGAUGCCGCACGAGCAAUUUUGGAGGUUUCAUCGUUUUUGGAUCCAGACAGCAUCCAGGAGAAGCUCUUGACAACCCACGCUACUAAUGUGGACAUACCCUCGUACCCCAAGAACGAGGGGGCGUUUUGCAUGGCUCGGGGGCAACUGAUCGGAUCUUCCCUUUUCCGCCAUAACCAGGAGAAGGCUGAGUAUUGGAUGCAUCGCUCAACGCGGGACGAUGUGCGUGCCCAAAUUGAACCCGAACGAAAACGAAAGGUCUUUUCAAAUGUGGUCACCAUGGUCGCAGCUGCCUGGCCGGUUCAAGAAGUUGAGGGUCAUGAUGUCACACUCUGGAAUACAUCAAAAGCACUCUAUCCACAUGUCCUCAGCCUGGAGGACGCUUACAAGAAAUACUUCAAGCAAAAGGAAUAUCUUGACGGCGACUUUCAAUUUGCUGAACUUCUCAAUCGUGCUGGAUGGUACAAACACGAACGCGGUGAAUCCCCUAUCAUAAAGCCUUUAUUGGAACUGGCCCUGGACCUCUGCAAUCGCAGUACAGCGGUCGAUCACCAAGACUUAGAAUCCGACAUUCGGCACACACUUGGAGGAGUCGCAAGCGGGACGAACGACGCAGCUGGCAGCAUGAUGCAUAACAAGCGAGUCCUCGAAAUACGCUUGGCCAUCGCAGAAGGAACGGGCACAGUUGACGAGAAACUUGCCAGCGCUUAUAACCAGAUGGGCAUAUCGUGGGUGAUGGCCGGCGAUUACAAGAAGGGGGAAGAACAUUUUGCGACGUCUGCGCAGAAGUACGAGAAGAUCCCGGACUAUACCAAGGACAAGCGCUCGCUGGCCCUCGUAAAUCUUGGUUUAACGUACUGGCUCCAGGGAGACUUGACGCGGGCGUCGGAUGUGCUAGAGAUGGGCCUCGCAGAUCGAGAGGAAAUUUACGGACCCAUGGACAACCAUUGUUUCCGGACCGGUCGCUUCCUUCAGGCACUCGGAAACGUGCGGUUCUCUCAAGGCCGGCUCAAGGAAAGUGAAGAUUUUCAUCGACGGGCCCUCAAGCAGUAUCAGUCCACCAUCCGCAACCGCCAUCAUCGAACUGCAGACGUCUGCCACAAGAUGGCACAGCAUUGCCUUCGCAACGGGCUUCUUGAGGAUGCCAUCGUGUUCAUCGACCAAGCCCUCAAGAAUUGGAGCGUUGAUCCAGGAAUAUAUGCUCGUGAGAUAGCGCGGACAUCAUUCCUGAAGGCUAAGGUGCUCACAGAAGCUGGGCGGGAGAAUGAUGCAGCAAAGUUGUUCCAAGAGGGAGCAUCCAUGCGACACAAGAUCACGAAGGUGUGGCGAGACAGCAAGGACCUGCGAGAGGAGGACUUUGAUGAAUUGGUCACAUUCUGGUCAAAAUAG